AUGAUCGGUUUUAAUCGUUACUGUAGAAAAGACGUGUUGUUGAUUUUACAGAUCAAUGAUCGAUGGAAAGAUAUAUGCCGUGAAAAGCUGGCCGAGAAGGAGCGCCAAAAACAGGAAGAUUUAAAACGACAAAGUGAACGUGAAAAUUUUUCUCCGAGGAAGAGACUGAGAGCGAAAUUUGCCAGGAAAAUGAAGCGAAGUGACUCGGAAGACGAAUCGAGCAGAAAGGUUAGAGUCAUUGAGCGAAUGAAAUUUGCUUUAAAAAGGGAAGAUUCGGAGGAAGAGAUCUCAGAAGCUGAAAAGCAACGAAUAAUGAAAGAAGCAUCAGCUUCCUUUGAUUAUAAUUUGUAUAUGAUCGCAAAGAAAGAACUGCUAGCAACAGAGUCAUCUGAGGAAAUGAAUGCUGUCAGUGAAGAAGCACCUGGACGCAAGCAGUGGAUUCAGUUUGGAUCGCAGUUUCUAUUAGCGCUCUAUCCAUCUCCGUAUCCGAAACGCAUCGCUCAGUCACCGAAUGUUUAUAUUUGCCGUUUCUGCCUCACCGCUAUGGCGAAUUCCACAAUGUACCAAAUCCACAUGGUAUUUUUUUGUGCGUUUUGUCAUGUGUAA